AUGUUAACCAAGACGUCUACAUUUUCUCGCUGCAGACAUUUCUUAAAGUCUUUACACAACCAGAAACAACCUGGUCUAACUAGCCUGUGCGAGACCACCACAAUGGAAUCUAGUCCGAGCAACAGCCAAGAUAUUUUACUCAAAAUACAUAAAUCAUCAAUCUAUGUUGAUCCAGAAGAGUUUCUUGAACAAGAUGCCGAGAACAACAUCGACCUAUGUGAAAUACAAUCGGUUGUUGGAGUCUAUCAUAUGGAAACAGAGACAGAUACAGAAAAUACAUCUAUGCAUUGCAGUAGUCCUAUAACUAUAUCAUCAAUGGACUUUUUAACUGAGAUACCAGACGCAGCUGCACCCAGUUCAACUAAUGGAUAUUCUAAUUUCUACCUAAAAUUACCCAAUGGCAAUUGGCAAGUACGCUGUCGAGACCAACACCGUACAAUUGUCAUGAGCUAUGAAGUUCAAAUUUAUACACAAAAACCUUAA